AUGAGCAUUCGAAAGCGACGGUUAUACAGCGCCGACUCGGCUUGGGACCGAAUUGAGACAGCAAGUGAUGGCGAGAAAGACUCAUCGAAUAGUAUCAAAGACACUCGAAGCGAUGGCGUGUCUCCGAAAGAUGAGCCGCCUCAGGCGCAACCAGUUGCUUCCUCGCCGUCUGCGGCAUCAGGGUUAAAUGGACCUUCGAGUGAGACGGAGCCCGCCACGCAAGACAAGCCCCUCAUCAGAGAGCCAUUUUUCGUCAGGGACCACAGGGGUCGCCGCGAGCACCGGCGCUUAGGAAAGCGCAGCGUAUACUUGCAGUCUCAGGAGCUGGACGUCAAUAUGCUAGGAGAGAAGGCGCGGGCAAUCGUCAUGCGCGAGACGAGCGGGAACUCCAGGGCUUUAAGGGAGUUGCCGGUCGAAGAGCCCCUGGCUCCGGACUUUGAUCUCAAGGCAUCACUUGAAGCGGAAGCGAAGGACCUCACAAUGGAGGAGGCUCUGGCCAACGUUGACGGUGUCCGUCCCACCGAACCCAUCGUUUCGCAGAGCGAGUUCGACGGGCUGCUGGAGGUGCUCCUCAACGGUUUCACGGUUGCUCAGCUCAGGGCAUAUCUUGCGCGUGAGAAUGCGAAGGCUCGAAGAACGCCCGUGGGGGAGAAGGUGUUGCAGUACGACUGGAUUCAGGAUGAGAACCCCUGGACACCCUUCCUGAAGCCGGAGGUUGCCGGCUCUCCCAAGGAGAGACUUGCCUUGACCCUCAUGAUCGAGGCUUGGCGUUUGAGAAUCAGGGAGAUGGUUGACGGCACCGGCUUCUACAGCGCCAAGAUCAAGGAAAGGAUUCAUGCUCUGUUAGCGCGGGACCGUCAGAGACUCGACGCCAUCAGGGAUGCUUACCUCGACGAGGGUGAAGACAUACAGUUCACCAACCAACGACUGAGGAUCACAUCCACCAAAGCCAAGACGGAGACAAUCCUGAAGAAGCUGGACGAGGCCGCUCAGCUUGUCGUUACCAAACAUGUCCAUGCCCCUUGGCUUUCCAACUACGACGUUCGCUCCACCUUGCUGCAUCAUCUUGGCCAGCUCACCAACACGUUUAUCACGUUUAGCACCAAGACACAUACCCUUCGCAUUUCAUGGUUCAACGACGGAGUCGUGGAGGAAAACGAUGCUGGCGAACAGUUGGACAAUGUUGUUCAGCGUCUCUUGUACACCGCCUUACAACCUGAAGAUGCAUCCGUCUCUCUCCAGUACGACCCGAAGAAUGAUAACGGUAAACUAAUCCCCGAAAGCAGCGGGCAAGAAAAGCUUUCAUGGAAGGACAGACUUACGCAAUGGUCUCGCUAUGUGGCCCCGGUUGGUCGCGUCUCUCCAGCAGAGUCUGGAUUCCCUCUCGAGGCCAGCGACGUUUUCUCUCAUCCUAUACAACGCCUCGUUCAAGACUCCGACGCUACCUGGAGCAAGAGAUACACCUCAACCGUCGCCUCCUUCGGGAAGAUCCUUCACAGGAAGCAGGAUGGUUUCAAUUUGGCCGUGGCGGCCAAGGCCAAGAACCACGUCUUCUCGCCGACGUCCCCCCAUCCCACAAGCCUUAAUGCCCUGGAAGAGGCACUUACCACAAUCCCAACACAGCCAAUGCAGACGACUCUUGUGCUUGGUUUCCGUCGACAUCCUUCUUUGUAUGCCAUGAAAGGCCUGCCCCAUCUUCUCAAGCUACGCCUCGUCGUUCCGUGGGAACUUCCCGAGGGCCCUUUGAGCUGGGACGCCUGCGAAAAAGACCUCGUCGCCGUCCUCGAUCAGACCUUCACCGACGUCGCUUACCCAUCUGAGCCCGUCGACAUGCGGUUGUCCCAGUCGUGGCUCUCGGUAAUGUCACCUGCUGCCCUCGACGCGUCUCCCUUCUGCGAGUAUGCCAAAAAUGCGAAGCUGGACCUUGCAGCGGGCCGUUUGCGCCCGCCACCAGAGAUCGAGCUCUCCGGUCUUCCAUCUACGGAGGGCGCCGGUGUCUUUGGUGGGGCAGCCACAUACGUCUUCUCCGGUCUCGAGAUCCGUCGGAGUUUGGGUGUCAGGUAUCAGGGUCACAAGGUCCAUUACACGAGUGUCGAGGCGGGUCUGCACGGCGGCCGGCGGUCGGAGCUCGUUUUUGAGGCGCUGCCAACCGAUGAUGAUGCGCCUGACGAGGUGGGAAAAGCCUACGCCAACAGGUACCUCGCGUUGGCACACGACCUAGUGACGGGGAAGGUCGUGAAGUGGGUCGGGGAGAGGGAUGUAGCGCGAGAGUUUGAAAACGUCGACACUGGCGAUGUCGAUCCCGCCGCUGCCGAGGAGGAGGGGGAGGAGGCCGAGACGCAAAAGAAGGACGACAUGUAA